AUGGCCUACUCGGAGAGUCGCUCGGAGAGCGUUAGCUCGAAAGGGAAAAAAUCAUAUGGACAUGAACUGGAAACUGUACCACUACCGGAAAAGAAAAUCUACACAACAUGGCCGGAUAUGAUCAGACACUGGCCCAAGACUACACUUUGUAUUGUCUCCAACGAAUUCUGUGAACGAUUCUCUUAUUAUGGAAUGAGAACUGUAUUGACGUUCUACCUGCUCAAUGUGCUCAAAUUCAGCGACUCUCAAUCGACAAUUUUCUUCAACGGAUUUACUGUGCUUUGCUAUACCACACCACUUCUCGGAUCAAUUGUUGCUGACGGCUACAUUGGAAAAUUCUGGACAAUCUUCUCUGUUUCAAUUCUUUAUGCUAUUGGACAAGUCGUUCUUGCACUCGCUUCUAUCAAAAAUUAUCAGUCUUCGGUUCACCCAUGGAUGGACUUAGCUGGAUUACUGAUCAUUGCAUUCGGUACCGGAGGUAUCAAGCCAUGUGUGUCUGCAUUCGGAGGAGAUCAAUUUGAGUUGGGACAAGAAAGAAUGCUUUCACUCUUCUUCUCCAUGUUCUACUUCUCCAUUAAUGCCGGAUCUAUGAUCUCCACUUUCAUCUCCCCAAUCUUCAGAUCUCAACCAUGCCUCGGUCAAGAUUCUUGCUACCCAAUGGCUUUCGGUAUUCCUGCUAUUCUUAUGAUCGUCGCUACACUGGUCUUCAUGGGAGGUUCAUUCUGGUACAAAAAGAAUCCGCCAAAGGAUAACGUUUUCGGAGAAGUCUCUCGCCUUAUGAUUGUAUCCGUCGGAAACAAGAUGAAAACAGGAUCAACUCCAAAAGAGCACUGGCUUCUCCACUACCUCACCACCCAUGACUGUGAACUUGACCCCAAAUGUCUUGAACUUCGCGCUGAAAAGAGAAACAAGAAGUUGUGCCAAAAGAAAAAGUUCAUCGAUGACGUCCGCUCUCUUCUUCGUGUUCUUGUCAUGUUCUUGCCAGUGCCAAUGUUCUGGGCACUUUACGAUCAGCAGGGAUCUGUCUGGCUUAUUCAAGCUAUUCAAAUGGAUUGUCGUCUUUCCGAUACCCUUCUUCUCCUUCCCGAUCAGAUGCAGACUUUGAACGCCGUCCUCAUUCUUGCCUUUAUUCCUCUUUUCCAAGUAAUUAUCUAUCCAGUUGCCUCUAAAUGUGUCACACUUACCCCACUGAGAAAAAUGGUCACUGGUGGACUUCUUGCUUCUCUAGCUUUCUUGAUUACCGGAUUCGUUCAACUCCAAGUUAACACCACUCUUCCAAACCUCCCAGGAAAAGGUGAAUGCUCCAUUAGUUUCUGGAACCAAUUUGACAACACCUAUCCAAAUUGCCAAAUGAUGGUCACAGAUUCCAGCGGUAGUAUGAGAACCAUUAACCACAGUAUGGCUCUUCAUGAAGACAAAACCGACACGUCUGGAGUGUUUAAACUCUUCCAAUCUAAGUCACCAAGCUCCAAGAGCGCAUCCGACUGGACUGUUUCUUUCACAAUCGCUUACAAAAACUGCGGAGAUGACACAAAAUUGCAAAAAAAAGCCUCUGUUACUGCCAAGAGCAAAAAAGUCAUCUACGUUGGAGUCGGAUCGUUUGGAUAUUACCAGAAUACAGCUAACACUGAUAAACCUACCGAUGGAACUGGAGAAUUCUCGAUGGGAAUUGUUGCAAACAUAGACAAUGGAUAUAACGGAAGCUUCGCUAUGUGCCGUACAGACGCCAGCGAUUACGAUGCAGCAAACCCAUGUAACCCAAGACAUCCAGCUGACUUCUAUUUCUGGGAAACCGAUUACAACAGUCAUACCAGCGACAGAGAGGGAUAUACUACUGUUACGGGACGAGCCAGACCAGUAGUCACCUAUAAACAGAAAUCUGUAAAGCCAGGAAAAUGGGAACUUUUCUACUUGCUCAACACUCCAAAGGACGUUGAUCGACAAACCUAUAACAAGACAGCCACCGAGGUCAAGGGUACCAGCUACAAUCUCACUCGUUAUGAGCAAGGAGGAGUUUUCAUCUAUGCGCUGUCAGGACAAUAUGAUAAUCCAUAUGUCACUGAACUUCAAAUUGUGCAAAACAACAAAGUGUCCAUCCUCUGGCAGAUUCCACAAAUUGUCGUUAUCACGGCUGCUGAAAUUCUCUUCUCGAUUACUGGAUACGAGUUCGCUUAUUCUCAGUCCGCUCCAUCUAUGAAGGCUCUUGUGCAAGCUCUCUGGCUUUUGACCACUGCCGCUGGAGAUACCAUUAUUGUCAUCAUCACAAUUCUCAACUUAUUCGACAACAUGGCUGUAGAAUUCUUCGUCUAUGCAGCUGCUAUGUUCCUUGUUAUUGCUGUCUUUGCACUUCUUUCCAUAUUCUACUACACAUAUAACUAUUACACUACUGAUGAAGAUGAUGAUGAGAUUGGUGCUGAUGAUGAAGAGGAUAGUGAGGACGACGUCAAUCCGAGAUAUUCAAUCGAUAACAAAGCAUUUUCUUCAGAUGAAGCGGAUUGUUUAGAUGUUCAUUUCUAG